UCUCCCCAGAUCCAUGGCCUGCCCCGUCUCCCCCUCCCCCGCGCCGCUUCCCCGGCAGCUCCCGCUCCCACCCGGCCUCGGCUCCCUCCGGUCGGCGCAGCCGCGCGGCGAGAGGCUGCGGGCGCUGACCCGCCCCGCGCCGCUCCCGUCUCUGAGCGGUUCCUCCGCUGACUCAGCGGCGCUCGUGCCCCGGUGACCCCGGCUCGGAGGCGGCGGCGGCGGCGUGUCAGGGCGCUUCCUCCUCCCCGCCCCCGCGGCACCUUCCCGGCGGACACUGGCCUCGGCAGCGGCUGCAGGAGGGACCGGCCCGGCCCGGCGCGGCGCGCAGAGCUCACCAUGAAGCGGGGCUACGAGGUGACCCGCAACCCGCAUCUCAACAAGGGCAUGGCUUUUACUUUGGAAGAGAGACAGCAGUUGAAUAUUCAUGGAUUAUUGCCUCCUUGCUUUCUCAGUCAAGAUGUCCAGGUUUUAAGGAUUCUCGUGAAUUUUGAAAGACAAACAUCUGACCUAGACAGAUACAUUCUGUUAAUGGGUCUUCAGGAUCGAAAUGAAAAGCUUUUCUAUAAAGUGCUGACGUCUAACAUUGAAAGGUUCAUGCCUAUUGUUUAUACUCCCACUGUGGGUCUGGCUUGCCAACAAUAUGGUUUAGCAUUUCGGAGGCCAAGAGGUCUUUUUAUCACCAUCCAUGACCGGGGACACAUUGCUACAAUGCUUAAAUCAUGGCCUGAAGAUGCCAUCAGGGCUAUUGUGGUGACUGAUGGAGAACGUAUUCUUGGCCUUGGAGACCUGGGCUGUUAUGGAAUGGGCAUCCCAGUUGGUAAAUUGGCCCUUUACACAGCAUGUGGAGGAAUGAAACCACAGGAAUGUCUGCCUGUAAUCCUGGAUGUGGGAACUGAUAAUGAGGAGUUACUAAAAGAUCCCUUAUAUAUUGGACUGAGGCACAAAAGAGUCAGGGGUCAAGCUUAUAAUGACCUUCUUGAUGAAUUCAUGCAAGCUGUGACUUUCAGGUAUGGCAUGAAUUGCCUUAUUCAGUUUGAGGAUUUUGCUAAUGCCAAUGCAUUCCGCCUCCUGAAUAAGUAUCGUAACAAAUACUGCACUUUCAAUGAUGACAUUCAAGGAACAGCGGCUGUGGCUGUUGCAGGUCUUCUAGCAGCUCUGCGCAUCACUGAGAACAAGCUGUCAGAUCAUACUAUACUGUUCCAGGGAGCUGGAGAGGCUGCCCUUGGGAUAGCAAAUUUGAUUAUUAUGGCUAUGCAAAAAGAAGGAACAUCUGAACAUGAGGCCAUCAAAAAGAUAUGGAUGGUUGACUCAAAAGGAUUAAUAGUUAAGGAGCGUUCCUCAUUAACAACUGAGAAAGAAAGGUUUGCCCAUAAACAUGAUGAAAUGAAAAAUCUGGAAGAUAUUGUUAGAGCUAUAAAACCAACUGUACUUAUAGGAGUUGCAGCCAUUGGUGGUGCAUUUACAAAACAGAUUCUCAAGGAUAUGGCUUCCUUUAACAAGCAGCCUAUCAUUUUUGCCUUAAGUAACCCAACCAGCAAAGCAGAGUGCUCUGCAGAGCAGUGCUACCAGAUGACUGAGGGGCGUGGCAUUUUUGCAAGUGGAAGCCCCUUUGACCCUGUGACUCUUCCAAGUGGGCGCACUUUCUAUCCUGGACAGGGUAACAAUGCAUAUGUGUUUCCUGGAGUUGCCCUUGGUGUUGUUUCAUGUGGAUUGAGAUAUAUAAGUGAAGACAUUUUUCUCACUACUGCUGAGGUGAUAGCUCAACAGGUUUCAAAGAAACAUUUAGAAGAAGGUCGUCUAUACCCUCCAUUAGUCACUAUUCGAGAUGUGUCACUGAAAAUUGCUGUGAAGAUUGCAGAACAAGCCUACAGCAAUAAAACAGCAUCUUUCUAUCCUGAGCCUGAAGACAAGGAAGCAUUCAUCCGCUCACAGGUUUAUAGCACUGAUUAUGACAACUUUGUGGUGGACUCUUAUGUCUGGCCUGAGGAAGCCAUGAAAAUACAGACCGGAAAUCCUUAAUAGAAAAUGAACAAAGGUAGCAGUAGUUGAAAGAAUUCAAAUACUUAUUACUUUUCUAUCAAAUCUAAAAAUUAAUAGUUUUUUUUAAAUCUUUAAUAGAAGAUGAACAAGGUAGCAAUAGUUGAGAAUUCAAAUAUUUAGUAGUUCUCUGUCAAAUCUAAAAAUUAUAUUUUUAAUAUGCUGAAAACUUUUACAGUCAGACUAAUUUUUUCUUUAAAACUUUGUACUUUUAUUUCAAAUUAGUUGAUUAACCUGCUAAAAUAACUGUACACGUAAGAAUAAAAAUCAAUUUGUGGCAAUGGA